AUGGCUGAUUUAGAAAAUCAAGAGCGUCAUUCUUUCAAAGUCUUCCGUCAGGAUUUCAUCAUUGACAAGCGCUUUCAAAUCAUCAAGGAACUUGGGCAAGGUGCAUAUGGGUUAGUGGUUUCUGCGAAAUACACUGAACUUCCCAAUGGAGGAUCCGUGGCCAUCAAGAAGAUUACCAAUAUUUUCAGCAAAAAAGUGUUGUGCAAGCGUGCCAUUCGUGAGAUCAAACUCCUCAAGCAUUUCAGAGGUCAUAAGAAUAUCACCUCUCUUUUUGAUUUAGACAUUGUCGACCCAGUGAACUUCAGCGAGGUUUACCUUUAUGAAGAACUUAUGGAAUGUGAUUUGCACCAAAUUAUUAAGUCGGGUCAACCAUUGACUGAUGCUCAUUAUCAAAGUUUCGUGUACCAGAUCUUGUGUGGGCUUAAGUAUAUCCAUUCUGCCGAUGUUUUGCAUCGUGAUUUAAAACCGGGAAAUUUGUUGGUGAAUGCUGACUGUGAGCUUAAGAUUUGUGAUUUCGGGUUAGCUCGAGGUUUUUCCAACGAUGCCGAAAAAAACGCUGGGUAUCUUACAGAAUAUGUGGCCACUAGAUGGUACCGUGCCCCAGAAAUCAUGUUGAGUUUCCAGAGCUACUCCAAGGCCAUUGAUAUUUGGUCAGUUGGAUGUAUUUUGGCAGAAUUGCUUGGAGGCAAACCGAUUUUCAAAGGUAAAGAUUACGUCGAUCAAUUGAAUCAGAUCUUGAAGAUAAUUGGUACUCCAAAUGAGGAAACUCUUGUGAGAAUUGGUUCACAAAGAGCCCAGGCAUACGUUAGAUCUUUGCCAUUUAUGCCAACGGUUCCUUUCAGAAGUCUAUAUCCUGAAGCCAGCCUCGAAUCUCUUGAUAUUCUUGAUAAAAUGCUUGCGUUAGAUCCAAGUGCCCGUAUUGAUGUUGAUGAAGCUCUUCAACAUCCAUAUCUCCAUGUUUGGCAUGAUGCGGCGGAGGAGUAUGGGUGUACUGAGAAAUUUGACUUCUCAUUCGAGACAUUGGAAGAUUUCGAAGGUAUGAAACAAUUAUUGUUGGAUGAAGUACGUAAUUUCAGAGAAUUUGUACGUCGCCCACAACCUCCGCAAAUUGAUCAAGAAAUGUUAGAUCAACAAGAACAGCAGAGACUUCUUGAGCAGCAUCAUUUUGAACAACAGCAUUUUGAACAACAACAACAACAACAACAACAACAACAACAACAACAGCAACAACAACAACAACACCAGCACCAGCAGCACCAGCAGCACCAGCAGCAACAACAGCAACAAUAUGAGGCAGCAGGAAUGAAUAAUAACCAUGAUGUCAGAUCACAAAUGAUGUCACCAACAGAAUAUGUAGGGAACCAACAACAACUAAACCAGUUCUACGAUGAUCCACCAAAGCCUCAAGAAAACAUAUUUUAUCAGGAUGCUAAUGGAAUUACAGAUGUUGGGAUGAACGAGAGUAAGGGAGAUUUAUUGACAGGUUUAGAACAGGAAUUGGAGUUUGGAUUGGACGGUCAAGGAUUUUAUAGAUAA